ACCUGGACGCUGGGAGCCAGCAGCUGUGUGUGAUUCAUGCAGUAAGCUGUGAGUGUGUGUGUGUGUGUAAGAGAGGGAGGCAAUCUAGUUGUAGGGUUCUGUAAUUUAGAUAUCUGACUAAACUUAAGGGUUCUAAGGUUGUUGGUAUAAAAGGGAUGUAGGGUUGUCUUUAAUUUAGUCUUUAAUUCAUAUCUGUUUUGUUAGGAAACAUAUUAGAUUGUUUCAUUGAUAGAUUGAGCUGUAAUUGUUGGUAUAUUUUGUGCUGAUACUCAGAGCUUGGUAAAAGUGUAAGAAUAUGGGUAGAUGAGCAGUUUGAUUCAUGGCUUAUAUUGAUAAAUGUAUUCUAUGUUUUGUCGAUUUAUAACUAAAAUAUUUGAAUUUUUUACUGUAUCUGGCUAUUUUAAAAGGAUAUCUUUUCUAUCAAUAGUUUAGUUUUUUCAUCAGUCAUCAUUAUUUAACUUGAAGAAGGGGAAAUAAGUCGUUUUUAGUGGGUGUUAGCCAUGCCCUUAUAAAUGCUGGACAGGACAGUAAUAUCUCACACAGUCAUGCUGCUGGCUCUACUGCUGGUUCUGUGGCUUAGUUCUGGGGCCCAGUCUUCAGACCCGGCCCCAUUAACUGUCAUGUACCAAGUCUGGGAGGAGCAGCCUGUGGGCACCAGGGUCGGCCGUCUGGUCGAUGACCUGCGCCAGAGAGGCGAGACCGGGGUACUGGAGGAUUUCCAGGUCGUGGAGCAUGGUCAAGCCCUGCCUUUCUCCAUUGGAGUAAGAGAUGGAACUGUCGCCACCCUAGGCCAGCUGGACCGGGAGGAGCUGUGUCGAGGCUCGGACCUGUGUGAGCUGGCCUUCAGUGUCCUCUACAGGAAAGGUGGUGUUAUCCACUUCCUGAGGGUGCGGGUGGAGGUGAUGGACCUGAAUGACCACAGCCCAACUUUUCCCAGCAGCCAGCAGGAGGUGGAAAUCUCUGAGAUGGCCACAUUGAGGAUGCGGAUCCCCCUGGACCGAGCGGUGGACCCGGACGCCGGCCCGAAUGGUCUGCAGACCUACUCGCUGUCCGUCAACCAGCAUUUUGCCCUGGAUGUAAGGAGUGCUGUGGAUGGGCCAAAGCAGGCAGAGCUGGUGGUGAUCAAGGAGCUGGACAGGGAGGUGCAUUCCUCCUUCGAGCUGACUCUGGUGGCAUGGGACAAGGGGAAUCCUCCCAGGGCAGGCAGUACUCUGGUCCGGGUCAACGUCUUGGACUCUAACGACAACAGCCCCAUGUUUGAGGAUAGCACCCCCACUGUGGAACUAGCCGAGGAUACAGCUCGUGGGACUAGCGUCAUCAACCUCAAGGCCACGGACCCUGACCAAGGGGCCAACGGGGAGGUUGAGUACUCACUAAGCAAGCAUGCUCCACCUGAGGUGCAGAAGCUUUUCAGUAUCCACCCCCAGAGUGGAGUAGUGACUUUAAAAGGCCCACUGGACUAUGAAGCCAAACACUUUUAUGAGGUGGACAUCCAGGCUCGAGAUCUUGGGCCCAACGCCAUCCCCUCUCAUUGUAAACUACACAUCAAGCUGAGGGAUGUCAAUGAUAAUGCACCAAGGAUCCACGUCACUUGGACACCCCCUGAUUCCCCAGUGGCAACUGUUUUAGAAGGCGCACCAGAGGACACGUUCCUUGCACUGGUGAUGGUCUCUGAUGCAGACUCCGGGGACAACGGGAAUGUGCACGCCCACAUCCAGCAUGGAUCAGGCCACUUCCGUCUCAAGAAAAUCCAUGGCGACAAUUACAUGAUCGUAACCAAUGGCACCCUGGAUCGGGAAAAGGUCAUGGAGUAUAAUCUCACGUUACUUGCCCAGGAUUACGGUGACCCUCCACUGUCAUGUGUUAGACACCUAGUUGUCCAUGUGUUGGAUGAGAAUGACAAUGCCCCUGUGUUCUCCAAGUCCCACUACAGGGCUUCCUUCAAGGAGAACAAUACCGUGGGGCUCCAGGUCCUCAAGGUAGAAGCCAAUGAUGUGGAUAUUGAGCUCAGCGGUAGGGUGUCCUUCUCCAUCCGAGAGUCCAAUGAACUGGGACCUCCUACGGCAUCUUUCGCCAUCCACCCCACCAGUGGUGUAGUCAGCGCCCAGCAGUCAUUGGACUAUGAGGACUCGCCCACAUACUCCUUCAUUGUGGAGGCCAUAGACCAUGGGCAUCCACCCCUCACCAGCACCGCCACGGUACUCAUCGAGAUCCAGGAUGUCAACGACAACUACCCCGUCAUCAAGGAGCCGAUGCCAAAGAAAGGCAUAGCCUUUGUGAGUGUCCCGGUCAACGAAGAGAAGGGGGAGAUAGUGACAGAACUAGGGGAUGGUGCUGAAGAAGGCUCCACCGAUCCUCAUACUGGUCGCUCUGUCCAAAAUGGAUUUAUGGGAUUCCUGGCCACUACCAUCAAGGCAACUGAUCCAGACUCUGGCCUGAAUGGAAGACUCAGCUACAUGAUCACAGAUGGAAACCCCACAGGACUAUUCAGACUCAAUGACACCACCGGACAACUGUAUGUUAACACGACCAAUGCUACAGAGCUCAUUGGGAAAACUUUUAAAGUGGAUAUUGCUGUAUCGGACAAGGGUUCUCCAAGGCUAUUGACAAAGGCCACCUUAGAGGUGGCUUUCAUCAACUUGCGGGACCAUCUGAAGAACUCAGCCCCUGGUAACCAUGGUCAGCUGAGUUUCACCAUGAUGGUGGUCAUCUGCCUUGGGGCCAGCUGCAUCCUGCUUCUCCUGGCUGUUGCCUUGGUGACCACCUUCUGUCGCCCCAGGAAAAGAGACAACCAUUCCUACAACUGCAGGAUGGCCGAGUCCACCUACACGAGCCACCCUCGCCGCCCGCAGAAAAACAUCAGGAAGACAGACAUCCAGCUGGUGCCAGUCCUGAGGGGACGAAGGGAGGACCCUCCAGAAGAUGACGAAGCCCAGCCCCUUUCCACCAUGCUCCUGGUGGUUGAAGAGCAAAACACAGAAAGGCAGUACAGCGUUGCCAACUCCAUGAACCCAACAGUCCACUCCCAGGCCUACCCAGAGGGGGGAUCAACGCUACCAGUCUCCCAUUCUAGAACACUCAGGAAACCUGGGAGCAUCGAGCUGGACGGCACUCUUCCUCGGACCCCGGCCACUCCUUACCGAACCCUGCGUAAGGCAAGAAUACCUUCAUCGUCCUCCUCACUGUAUCAGACCAGUACCCUGAGGCGACAUGGGAACUCUGAGAUCCAGGUUAGCCCUGACGUUGAAGUGCCAGAAACAUUGUCCCAGGUGGCAACACUUAGGAGGCCCAAGAACACAGAUACCAGAAGUGGACUUGACGCUGAAGACCACAGACGGAUGCUGAGGAAUCUGGUCCGUCUCUCCAUGGCUGCCUUCGGAGAGAACUCCAUUGAGUUGUCUGCUGCCUCUCCCGAAGUGCAGCAGGUUUCUCAGCUCCUCUCCCUGCUCCACCAGGGCCAGCUGCAGCCAAGACCAAACUUCCGAGGCAACAAGUUCUCCCAGCGCGCUGGCAGGUCUUACGCUCAGGACACUGAUUGGCAGAGCACCAAGGACAGCGGUCAUGGUGAGAGUGAGGCCGGAGACAUGGACUGGGACAUGGGCCGAGACUCCCCCGUCGACCCGCUACUGGAGGAGGGGCUUAAUAACCUGCUCAACAACCCUGAUGACGUCUUUGCUGACAUAGAGGACCCUGCGUGGAUGUCCCGCCUUUCCCUCCCCCUAACUGCCGACUACCACGAGAACGUUUUUGUUCCCAAUGGGCCACCGUCCCCUGAAACCCAUUGCUCCCCAGACACCCUUGACUCUGCCUCCUUCUCCACCUUCGGUAAGAAGCCGGAGGAUGGCUCACUGGGCGGGGCCUUGAUCUCCGAGGUCAACACUUUGUUUAAUAUGCUCCUGACCCAGAGAGGCGACUCCCAGCCCCGCCUCUCGCCAGACGUGCUCUACAGACUGUCCGCCACCUACCGGCGCUCGCUGGGGCUGGAAGGAGAUACCGCCCCAGCAGGGGGUGCCAACAUACAAAGGAACUCUGUGAACCCCGAAAAGAGGUCCACCCUGGCUCAAUGCCCUUAGGCCCAACCCCUGGUAUGAGAACAGUUGCCUCAACUUUAUUUUAUUGGUUCUUGUGUGUUUGGGUGCCUAAGACCCCCCCCCCCCCCCCCCCCAAACUGAUGACUUUGUUUUACAUGUUGCUGAAAUGACUGAACUGCUCAAGCUUACAACAGCAACUCCCCUCCUUCUCCUUACAUAUCCUCAUUAGGAUAUGUCCAAUACAUGCCUAAGCUCUGACAGCCUGCUUCCCUGUCUGAAACAGGACAAGGUCAGAAGAGGGAGAUGAGUUAACCAAAGGCCUUUAUUCAGUGCUGGAAAAAGCACAAUGUACUAUACAGUACUCCCUACAUAGAAAAGUGUACAUUUACCUUGAGAUAAAUGUUACACAAUGAAACCACCAUGUGGCACAUACUCCUCUGUAUCAUUCUGAUGCAACAAAGAUUCACUUUCUGUCUCUCGUCAGAAGUGUUUAUCAGUGGGAGCAACAACAUGGUGCUAUCCGUUGUUAGCGUUGUCCAUGGUAUGAAUGGCUGAGUUUAGCAGCCCCAAGCAAAGAGCCCAAGAAGGAAACGGCUCUCUUGUCUUCUCUGAAGACAAAACACUAACAACAUUAAGUCCUGUUCCUGAGGAGGAAUGUGUGAAAUGUCUGUCACAAUGGACCUAGUCUGCCAACACUUCCUUCACCACCAUUUUGAGAAAUGUUUCCAUUAUUGAUUACUAUUUGUAUUUACUCAAGUAAAUUAUUUAGCUACUGAAAAAUGUAAUAUUUACAGAGGUAUAAAUGUGUGUUUAUGUCUGUGUAGGAAACACUUACAGUACCUUCGGAAAGUAUUCAGACCCCUUGACU